GUUGUUUUUCUCGCUUGAAAUGACAUUUCUGUGAAUGUGACUUCAAUUGAAGACGGAUUGAGUUAAUAAUGGAUGAACAGGGUUGCCCAAGAUGUAAGACAACCAAAUAUAGAAACCCGUCUUUGAAACUCAUGGUCAAUGUCUGUGGCCAUUCAUUAUGUGAUAAUUGUGUAGAUUUGUUAUUUAUAAAAGGAUCAGGGGCAUGUCCAGAAUGUGGGACUGCCAUACGAAGAAGUAAUUUUAGAUAUCAGAUUUUUGAGGAUCCACAAGUUGAAAAGGAAGUUGACAUUAGAAGGAAAGUUCUAAAAGAUUAUAACAAGAAGGAAGAAGAUUUUAAUACUUUAAGAGAAUAUAAUGAUUAUUUAGAAAUGAUAGAGACUAUAAUUUAUAAUUUAGCUAAUAAUAUUGAUGUAGAAUCAACGAAAAAACAAGUAGAAACGUACAGAAAGGAAAAUAAAGAUUCAAUACGUAAAAAUUAUUCAAAACUUAGUAAAGAUGAAGAAUAUAUAGAAAUGUUAAUAGAAGAAGAACAACAGAACUCUACUAUUCGCAAACAGAUGAUCCAUGAGUCAGAACUGAACGAAAAAAAUAAAAAACGCAGGGAAAAAGAGGCUCUUAUUGAUGAUUUGAUGUUUUCUGACAUGUCAGCUAAUGAUAUACUCAACAUGCACAAAUCUUCAGUGAAUACUGCUAUGGAGGUAGAAUCAGACAUCACAACCCAACCAUCUCAGACCACCAUUUAUUCUACUGGUAUACAGAGGGGUCAAGGAACUGGAUUCAUCCCUAUGCCAGUAACAGAAGUAAACCCUGUUUAUUCUUAUCAAGGUUUUGAUUUAGAGAGAAUUGGACCAGAAUAUCCUACAGAGGAAGAAAUAAAACUUAAUGGUUAUUUGUUAAAUAUACGAGCUGUAUCUGAAUCAGAGAGAGGAGGAGGGUUCAGUGCUGUACAGUGUUGUCAACGUGCAUUACAUGAUGCUCUAGGUGGACUGUUUCAUUACUCAGAGGCAGCCUCCACAUCUGUUAUAUGA